AAUAAAAAUGUCAAACGUCGAUAUGACGCCUUUACUUUUUUUGACAAUAUUCUUGUGUUUGUCAGUCGCCGAAUUGAAUUUUAAUGUAAAAGAUUUUACUUAUGAUCAAACAAAUUAUACUUUAGAACCACCUUACAAUGUUCACAAUUGGAUUCAGAACCUACAAUUGCAAACGUGCGCAUUUGUGGCAAUAGGACUUAAAUAUUUCGCAAUUUUUGUAGAAAAUAUCACAGAAUCUAGGGAAACAACACUGAAAUCUUCAAAAUACUUUGUCGGCAUAUGUCACCAAUCUACUUUGGAAAACUGGGAUUUUUGUUCACCAAGCUUAUCGAAAAAACGCAAAUACAAAUGUAGAUUUAAAUUAAAGGCUGGUGUUUAUCAUCCGAAGGUACACAGAAGAUUCUGUGACAUAAGAGUUAUGGUUAAUAAUAAAGAUUGUGUUUGCGAAAGUACCUUAGGAGGAGAACCCAUGUUUAAGGUUAGAGGUUUCCCAACUUGUUACAUCCCCCCUUUGCCGUACACCCUAUGCAAAUACAAUGUUUGUGGCUUGUCCAGUUGCGAAGGUCUGAAAGAAAGUGAACUCUACACCGUCCGAUGUGAUCCAGACUGCACUUUUGGCAACCCGUUCUGCGAAGGCCCCCUCUACAGGACCUCCAAACCACCGGAAAUCAAGUCGGCGUGGUCGAAAUGGAGUCGUGAGUUGGAGAACACAACCGGCGGUGAAUCACCGGAAAGCACAAUGGAGACGAAGGGCAAAAACCGUCGUUCGGUCGCUACUUGCAUAAAUAAGUAUACGGGAAAACCAGACUUGGACUGUUUGGGACCCGGCACCGGUUGUUGUCCCGGUAAUGUUGAUUGUACUUGUGAUACUUUCGAGGAAAACGGAGUUCUGAAACUUGAACGAUCUAUUUACAGUGAAGAUGAGUCAAACAUCUUAAUAAAGCGUCAUUCUCUGAAAGGCCUGUUUCCCAAGAAGAUAUAUCGGUUCCCAUUUAGAAGGAAAAAAUCUAUAAGACAAAAUUACCGCUUUCUCAGAGACACCGAUUACGACAUUGAAGAUGACGAUGACGAAGAAGAAAAUAAUGAUUUGGGGGAGGAUAUAGUUUUGGAGGAAGACAACGAGCCGCCGGUACCACUAGAAACGACAACGACUUCAUGUCAGGCGUGCGAAAAAGGGGAAAUAGACGCCGAAGUAAAACACGGCAUGGCUGAAGAAAGAUCGAAGAUGGAAAAAAAUAAUACGUUAAGUAGUAUAAGCCGAAAUGAUGGAAAAGUCGUAGAUAUAUCUAUAAUACUAAUUUUAGUUGUAGUAUUUUUAUUUAUAUUGAAUAAAUUUUUAUUUAUAUAA